AUGGUUACGUAUAGUAUCAAAGAUUUAAUGAGCCUUUGCUCAGAUUAUGCACUUGAUGCUCAGAUCCAAAAGAUACUUUUUUCAUUAGAUUUAUGGGUUCCAAAAGCUGCUCGAGAAGUACAUAUUGAUAAUGUUUCACAACAACAAUAUGCUCAAGCUACGUUCUCUGGUUUUAAUCGCGCUCGAUCACCAUCAAGAAAUGAUAGUAUCAAUAAUAAUAAUAUUAAUAGUAAUCGAUUACGUCGUACAUUAGCUUCACGAUCAAUGUCAGCAGAAGUUUUUCGUAGUUCAAUUGAUACCAUAAAUAAUAAUGCAUGUAAUUCACGUAUUAUAAAUAUGACUGAUUCACGAGAUUUAAAUAAAAUAAAUACAACAUUAGCAAAUAUAUCUUUGGUAAAAAAAUCAAGUAAUAAUCAAAAUCUUGAUGAUAUUUCAUCGACUGGUCAAUCACAGAUUAAAUUAAUGCCUAUUUUGGAAAGUGGUGAAAAUGAAGAUAAAUCUAUUGAACAAUCAACAACAGUUCGUAUGAAUACAACUAUUCCAUCGACAAUAAUUAAUUGGACACCAUCAGUAGAAAAUGAAUCAACAACAGGUCGAACAUCUAUUGAUGCACUAUUUGAAUUAAGUGUUCGUGCAGAUACAGCUCUUAAAACAGCUUUAUGUGAAAACGAUUCAAUGACAGCACAUGUUAAUAAAACGAAUAGUAAUAAUGAUCGUAUUACAUUACGUAAAAGUGUAAGUGUUAUGAAUCAAAAACAAAAGGCAGGUAGUGGUCGUUCACUUGUUCGUGCUAAAUCAGAUAUGGUUACUGCAGAUGCAAGUCGAAAACGUGCAUUAACUCAUAUUGCCCGUGCUUCAGAACGUUAUUUUAGUGACGAUCCUAAGAUGAUUUCUGAAAUUGAAGAAAUUGAACUUGAAUAUUUAUUUAAUUAUAUUCGUCAUUUGAAAACAUUUCCUAAAUAUACAGAAAUGACUGAAGAUGAUAUUUUACAAGAAGUUGAAAGUGAUCCACAUACAUUACGUCAACGAACGAAAGAAAUUUUAAAAGGAAAAAUGUCUGAUUCAUACGCUACUUAUAUUGCAAAAUAUCCAAUUAAAAAACAACGUCGGCGAGAAUGUCCAGCAACACCAAAUAAAUAUCGUAAAUGUUCACGACGUUGUUUCGAUGGACAAUUACGUACAUGGCGUCGUAAUUUACAUCAAUUUGAUGAAGAUAGUAAACAGGAUAUAGCAAGAACAGAUGGAAUUAGUGAUAUAAAUGAAAAUGAUGAAUUAACAUUAACACUUUAG